GAAUCGUUUAGUACGAGUACGAGUCAUGCUAUACGUUGGACUUGCCUGUUCGACGAGUGGGCCGGCCCUAAAGAGUCUUUACGAUCAAGAUGUCUUUGAACUUGAACGCCCUUGAGCAACACCUAACUACCAGGUCUUACAUCGAGGGGUACACGCCCUCUCAAGCAGACGUUCACGUUUACAACUUGCUCACGGCACCGGAGCCAUCGAAGUACCCGCACUCUGCCAGAUGGUACUCCCAUAUCAAAUCUUAUGCUGCGGAGCAUGCAGCUUUGCCUGGCACAAGCACUGCUGGACAGGCUUUCGUUCAAUCGGCAUCGGCUCCUGCUGCCGCCGCUGAUGAAGACGAAGUUGAUCUCUUCGGUGACGACGACGAAGAAGAUGACGCAGAGGCAGAGAGGCUCAAAGCAGAGCGUGUUGCCGCCUACAAUGCGAAGAAAGCUAAUAAACCCAAAGCAGCUGCAAAGUCUGUUGUGACCUUGGAGGUUAAGCCUUGGGAUGACGAAACCGACAUGCAAGCACUCGAGGACUCUGUACGUUCCAUUGAGCAGGAAGGUCUUGUUUGGGGUGCUAGCAAACUAGUCGCUGUCGGCUAUGGCAUCAAGAAGCUCCAAAUCACCGUGGUUGUUGAGGACGAACUCGUUUCCUUGGAUGAUCUACAGGAGAAGCUCGCUGAAUUUGAUGACUACGUCCAGAGUUCCGACAUUGCUGCCAUGCAGAAACUGUAAUAAUACUGGGUAUUGAUGAGCGCGAGAUUUUGUAAGCUGUGUUAAGAAGCAUCAUAAUAGGAAAUGAGAAAGUUUUGUACAAUCAUUGUUAAUAUGCUCCUUGCAAGACGAAGUCCCAACUGUGUGAUAAGUUGGCUUGAUCGUUGCACAGUAUUACCUUGCCACAUGCA